AUUUCAGAAAUUGUAUGGUUUUCUUUUUCUCUGUUUCUCAUAUCAGACCUGAAAUGUACAUCUUUUAUUUGUCUUUGAAGAAAGACUUAGGUUGGAAUCAAAGGAAGAACCACUCAAUUAUAUUAUAUGGUUACACUGUGAUCUAGAAUUCUAGUGGAGCGAAUCAAGGAAAAUUUACUCCACCAAUUUCAUUGCAUUUUCUAGUUUGAAUUGUUUUAUUUUAACUGGACAAAACAUUACUAAACAUUUAUGAGCUUUUCUUUUAAUGAUCAGGUAUGGGUUCAGUAAAGAGAUUGUUGAAUGCCCAGGUAUAUUACAUGAACUUAAAUGCCAUUGGAAUUCCAGUAAGCUCUGUGAUAUACGCAACUGGGGACUUGAAAGGUGAAGCUGCCGAGCGUCUCUCUCUCAUGCCCGCUUCUUAUGGUUCUUCUCAAUUUCAAAAGAAUAGAAAUCAUCCACUUUUUGAUUGGAUGAAUAAGUUUAAGAGCAACGCACAUAGUUAUGCUAAAGGAAUAUGUGACCUUGUGAGUUUGGGAUCCACUGUCUCUCAUACUGUGAAGGGGAAGUUGAGCUUGGGCAUGAGGGUUAUUCAAGCUGGAGGAAUUUUAAGAAUUUUCCGACAAAAUUUCACUGUAAAAGGAGAGAAGUUGUUGAAUGCCUUCCUGUUAGAUAUGACUCAUAUACCAUAAAGGGACAAAUGCUGGAGUGGAGCGGAUUAGAGCAGAAGAUUCUGUCCAAAUCAGAGGAGUUUUUUUUAUGUGGGUUGGGGGUGUUGUACAUGAGCAAUUUGGUAAUUACAUAUUGCACCAAAGUUUCUAUUACUGAUUUGUCUAGGGUUAUAAAUAGACUUGUAUGUAACCCUAAGUGUUACGCAAAUUUUGUAUUUUGUACUCUUUUUUGGAUUAGUGGAAAAGCCGCCGCUCUGCUCCCGAUGACGUAGACAUCUUUGUUAAAUCUUUGUGCUCAUCUGGAUUUGUGUCGAUUUCUGUUUUUCUUUGCCUUAAUUUCUCAACAUUUCCAAUGCUCUUUGUUAACCACAGCCGGUCUUAUUCUUGGCCUUCUCUUCAUUUCUUCAGAAAAUAUAGCUUUCCGCAGCAACAGAUGCAUCAAGCUAAUUUCUUCUGGAGAAACUGCCAGAGUCCCUUGCAAGGUCAUAGUCCCUUUGAUUUGAACGAAGAGAGCUUACCAAAGUGAGAAUAUAAACAAGCCAAACCAAAAGUACAUCCAAAUCAUCACAGAAGAUGACUUUGAGCUUUGGUUCAUGGGUUUUCUUUGUUAUGAGAGAUCUUUCAAUUUCAUACAGAAACAACUUCAUUGACAAAACUCUCACUGUAGAAAGGAAGUAAAGGAACAAUUACUUGCUGUUUGUGAAGUAUUUAAACUUCUCGAAGUCUAAUGUGAGUCAGUUCAAUGCAACCUUAUAUUUAGGAUCUUCAAUCUUUGUAAUUUUUUGUAAAAUACAUACAAAGUGCACUUAUAACAUGAAAGUUU